AUGAUAACAUGUUCUCCUCCACAGCUUGUCAUGGAUAACAUCUCUGAUUUGAGCCUCAAUAACACCAUCUCUGGUUGGCGCCGUCCACUGUGGUAUCAGUAUGAUGUGUGUGCGGUAGCGCCAUUUGGGUUUGUCUUCUAUUUUGGGGUGAAAGUCUUCAACCUGGCUGUGGGGUUCCCAACAAAUGUCCUUGUGAUGUGGCAGAUUUUGACGAAGAAGAGCGAAGGCUCAACAUCUGACAUCUUCAUUUUCAACCUCUCCAUCCUGGAUGCAUUCUUCUGCCUCAUGACACCAGUAGACAUGGUCAAUCGGCUUUACCUCGCCAAUCAAGGCAUCUGGUACUUACAGCGUUUUGCCUACGGGCUGAAAGACAUGGCGCCUUUAUUCCUCACCUGUAUUUGCCUGGACCGUUACAUCGCCGUGGUCCACCCUAUCCUAUUCACCGGUAUCCGUGACAACCGCAUCCGAACUGGGGUGUCUGUGGCGGUUUGGGGAGCCAUCCUGGCCUACGCGUUGACCAAGUGUAUCUUGGGGGUGUUGAGUGUGAAUGAGGAGUUCAGCGGCGUCAUCCUCUCGGCGUUCUUCAUCAUGGUCUUCUGUAACUUGUCCAUCCUCUGGGUCCUCAGGAAGAGCGUUGCGGGGAAAGAGACAAUGAACCCCGUAAAGAAGAAGGCCUUCAAAAUGGUGAUCAUCCUUCUCGCCAUCAUCGUGGUGAACUAUCUUCCUCCGGUGGCUCUCAUGCCGUUUGCAUCCACGUACUCGUUUGUGACGCUGAGCUGCAAGAUUAGCAUCUCCGUGUUCUCCAUCAUGGACUUGAGCUGCACCAUUGAACCUCUGCUGUACAUCUCGAAGGUGGAUCGAUCUGCGUUUUGUCCAUGUCUGAAUGGUCCCUCAAAGAAACCUGUGAAUGUCAGUGUCUGA